GGUUACCCGUUACGAAGAGGGUCGUGGCCCACCGAGUUCCAGCUCCUGCCAUCGGUGCACACUGCGGCCACCUGGGGCUCUAUGAGAGCCGGGAGUAGAAGAGGAGCGAGCGGCGGAGGCAGCGCUAUUGUCCCUGUGACACUCCCCAUUCCAGUGUCUGCCUGUGACACCAACAACAGGACAGGAACCUUCCUGUAGGAUACAAUGGGAGAACUUCAUCAUGGACUUGCCGAGUGGUGGUGAAAUGGUACUUUGGCAGCACUGUGCGGUGAUGUGAUCCGUUCUUUUGGCCCCUGAGGAUACUCAGCUGGAUAUUAUUAAGGGCCCAUUGUUUUUGUGGCUUUGUGGAUUGGGAAUCCCUUAGCAUCUGCUGGGAUCCCUAGGCCUGGUUCUUAUGGUAUAGGAACAUGGACCAUAGCAACAGGGAGAAGGAUGACAGGCCACGAGCAGCCAAAGCUUUGCCAGUGCGGACCGGCCAUAGCUCCCGGCCAUCCAGCUCGACUACCUCCUCAGGGGUCCUUAUGGUGGGACCCAACUUCAGGGUGGGAAAGAAGAUUGGCUGUGGAAACUUUGGGGAGCUACGGUUAGGCAAGAAUCUUUACACCAAUGAAUAUGUGGCUAUUAAACUGGAACCAAUCAAAUCUCGUGCACCCCAGCUUCAUCUGGAAUAUCGAUUUUACAAGCAGCUUGGAACUACAGCGGAUGGCCUUCCUCAAGUCUUCUAUUUUGGCCCAUGUGGGAAGUACAAUGCCAUGGUACUCGAGCUCCUAGGUCCAAGUUUAGAGGAUUUGUUUGACCUUUGUGAUCGGACAUUCACUUUAAAGACUGUGCUAAUGAUAGCCAUUCAGUUGAUAACAAGGAUGGAAUAUGUUCACUCCAAGAACCUCAUUUACAGAGAUGUAAAACCAGAGAACUUUCUAAUUGGUCGUCAAGGGAAUAAGAAGGAGCAUAUUAUUCACAUCAUUGACUUUGGACUGGCCAAGGAGUACAUAGACCCAGAAACCAAAAAGCACAUACCUUAUCGGGAACACAAGAGCCUGACUGGAACAGCCAGAUAUAUGUCCAUAAACACCCACCUGGGGAAAGAGCAAAGUCGAAGAGAUGACUUGGAAGCCUUGGGGCACAUGUUCAUGUAUUUCUUGAGGGGAAGUCUGCCAUGGCAAGGCCUUAAGGCAGAUACCCUUAAGGAACGCUACCAGAAGAUUGGAGAUACAAAGCGAAACACUCCCGUGGAAGUCCUUUGUGAGAAUUUCCCAGAGGAAAUGGCUACUUACCUGAGAUACGUAAGGCGUUUGGAUUUCUUUGAGAAGCCGGACUAUGACUAUCUCAGAACGCUGUUCUCUGAACUCUUUGAACGGAAAGGAUACACUUUUGACUAUGUUUAUGAUUGGGUUGGCAGGCCAAUUCCUACCCCAGUGGGAUCCGUCCAUGUUGAUUCUGGAACUUCUGCGAUAACCAGAGACAGCCAUGUCCACCGGGAGCGGCCAUCGCAGACUCAACCGCUCAGAAACCAGACGGGCGCCCCAGACCGCCGAGGAGCUUGGGAGUUACAAGCCAGCCGACAGGCUCACCCCGCUUAUCUGGCACCUCACUUGGCAUCAGACCGGCUUGGGGGAUCCGUUCAGGUUAUGAGUUCAACAAACGGGCAGCUGAAUGCUGAUGACCAAACAGGAGGUCACUCCAACGCACCGAUCACAGCGCAGGCCGAGGUGGAGGUUGUGGAGGAAGCGAACUGCGUGAAAAUGCUCAACUUGUGGUGCUGCUGUUUCUUUAAAAGGAAAAGGAAGAACCACUCUCAGAGACAUCACAAGUGAAAUCCCAUAAUCCUCUGGGGAAGAAUCUGUGAGAAUGGCAUCUACAGUGUCGCUGUGUCAGUGACUUCAGGGCAUUGGGGAAGGAUGUAGUUUCUACUUGGUGUAAAACUCAAGGGAAAACAAACACCAGAAAAAAAACCGAAUGUCAUCGGCUAUAAUGGAAGGCCACCCCACAAACGGUUCCUGAGACGAGGUGCAAUAAUGCUGAUCCCUUAGAGCCGAGAACCCUAAAAGAAGGGGCAUGUCUGAGGCUUGAUUUAGGGACUGCCAGGGACCAUUCCUUUAUGUUCAUUUGUAUUAAAUGCAUCAGUUACUGCACUCCCUUAUUGCUUGAAUUCAGCAAAGUUCCUUCCACCUCCUUUAUAGCCAUGGUUGGGGGUUGCAUCUCAGCUCCCUUUUUUUUGCCCCCACCUAGUUACUUGGGACCGGAGGGAACAGAAACUUGACUACUUUAUAUUUUAAGAACACCCUGCCCCCCAACAGACUAAAAGGUUGUUGUUUUUUUCGUUAUUUUAAAUACUUUUCUACAUUUUUUUUUUCCCCCCUCUUCUUAGAAAUAAAGUAUAGACAAUUGAAAGCAUUCCACAGUAGACAGGCCGCUUCCUGCAUGGGUAAAUGCCUCACAGAGUCUGUGUUGCACUACUGGCUUUAAACUAAAUAUACCUUUUUAUAAGACAUGUGUACAUUCUCUUGCUCUGCUGCACGUUCACCUCAGAGCGAGGCUUGGGCUCAGGUUUUAGGAUGAUGAAGCCUUGUCUCACUGCUUAGCUUUAUGUAAACAGCAGAUCACAGCUGAUAAACUGAGGAUGAGUAUUUAGUGUUGCUGCUUUCAGGUGAAAAGAAAUUGAUAAAAGGACUAAUGAAUAUGGGAAUACCUCUCUAUGCUUGAAUUCUUACUGUAGAUCUUCUUGCAAUGUUUUACUUUUUCAUAAGAACCAUCUAAAUCCUUGCAUCUGUUAUUUUAGCUUGGUAUUGCAGACAGUACUAUUCCUACAAAACAGUACUUUGAUUUGUUUUCUAAAUACUGUGGAGGGUAACAGUUGUACCCCUGUUUUAUAGCAUACACUGAGUUUGGCUGCAGAAACUGUGACUUCAUUAUCUUUUAUAUAUUUAAUCAUUGUAUCCCAUCAGAGCUGGUUCUAUGGUGUGGGGUUUUUUUUUUUUUUUAUGUGGGACAGGUUUUGUUUUGUUAAUUCAGAUGUCUGUUUUUUCUUUUUUGUGUCAUAAAAAAUGGGCAUGCAUACAUAUGCACUAAUAAGGCUAAUAUAAUGGCAUGGCCAUCAGCCAACCACUCUUUUAAUUUUUACUUGCCACAAUUCUGUGAAUUACUUUGAUCUCAUUUGGAGAUCAGCCAAUCUGAUUUCUCCCAUACAUUUCUAUUUUCUAACCCUGUGCUUAGAACCAGCCAUGAUGGCUAAUCUUUUCUGUCUCCAUAUGAUGAGGGAAUACUGAUAUUAUAGCACCAUGUAGUCUGUACUGCAGCUUUUCUGAUCAUUUGUGAGCCUUUGAUUGCCAGAUGUGAUUACUCCUGAUGCACUGAUGAGAC